CCGACUUGGAUAUUUUCUAGUUCCAAGGCAGAGCUCGACACCUAGUAGAUAUUUAGUAAAUUUCUGUUCAAACCAAUUGAGUGAAUGAAUGAAUGAAUAGAAUACAUUGAGAAGGUGGUUUCUCUGAGGUAUCCGGAUUUGACGCCAAGAGGAUCAGAAAAAGAACCACAUUUUCAAUUCUGCUUGAUAGUUUCUGGAAUAUCACAGAAGGUGAGAACAAAGAGAAAAUAAUUGAAUAAAACAAUGAACAUUAUGCCUGCAUGGCACCAACGCGGCGGUUAAUUAUGUCCCCAUUCCGUUUCCGUACUUCUUCCGCCUCAGCUGUUCGCGCGUGCGGUAGUGACGUCACGAGAUUUGGCGCUCGCUGGAAACUCGUCUCCGAGUCCGGGAGCGGGGAGCGCGCGCGGGAUUUUCAAGUAUCUGAUCCCGGGAGCUCCAGCAGCAUGAGUCUCUGGGUGGACAAGUACCGGCCCUGCUCCUUGGGACGGCUGGACUACCACAAGGAGCAGGCGGCCCAGUUGCGCAACCUGGUGCAAUGUGGUGACUUUCCUCAUCUGUUAGUGUAUGGACCGUCAGGUGCUGGAAAAAAAACAAGAAUUAUGUGUAUUCUACGUGAACUUUAUGGAGUUGGAGUGGAAAAAUUGAGAAUCGAACAUGAGACCAUCACAACUCCAUCUAAAAAAAAAAUCGAAAUCAGCACCAUUGCAAGUAAUUACCACCUUGAAGUUAAUCCCAGUGAUGCUGGAAAUAGUGACCGGGUAGUAAUUCAGGAGAUGUUGAAAACAGUGGCACAAUCACAGCAACUUGAAACAAACUCUCAAAGAGAUUUUAAAGUGGUAUUAUUGACAGAAGUAGACAAACUCACCAAAGAUGCUCAACAUGCCUUGCGUAGGACCAUGGAAAAGUAUAUGUCCACCUGCAGGUUGAUCUUGUGCUGCAAUUCUACAUCCAAAGUGAUACCACCUAUUCGUAGUAGAUGCCUGGCAGUUCGUGUGCCUGCUCCCAGCAUUGAAGAUAUUUGUCAUGUAUUAUCUACUGUGUGCAAGAAGGAAGGCCUGACUCUUCCCUCACAACUGGCUCAUAGACUUGCAGAGAAGUCCUGUAGAAAUCUCAGAAAAGCUCUGCUAAUGUGUGAAGCCUGCAGAGUACAACAAUAUCCUUUUACUGCAGAUCAAGAAAUCCCUGAGACAGAUUGGGAGGUGUAUCUGAGGGAGACUGCAAAUGCUAUUGUCAGUCAGCAAACUCCGCAGAGGCUCCUUGAAGUUCGUGGAAGGCUUUAUGAGCUUCUAACUCAUUGUAUUCCUCCUGAGAUUAUAAUGAAGGGACUUCUCUCUGAAUUGUUACAUAAUUGUGAUGGACAACUGAAAGGAGAAGUGGCCCAGAUGGCAGCUUAUUAUGAACAUCGUCUACAGCUGGGUAGCAAAGCCAUUUAUCACUUGGAAGCAUUUGUGGCCAAAUUUAUGGCACUUUAUAAGAAGUUCAUGGAGGAUGGAUUGGAAGGCAUGAUGUUCUGACUUCUCACAGUAAUUCUUCCAAAUAUUUCUCAGUAUCAGUAUUUACGUACAGCUUAUAUUAGAAGAACUGUGGCUAAAAUAAACUAACUUUACUUAACAUGU